UGAGAAAAAAAUAACAUCUGUAACUCAAAUGCUGCUUCUGCAAAUUCCAUUGCUAGCAGUUCUCCUCACAACUGGUGACAAUGAAGAUGCCUUCCAGGAGAUCUCCUUCAUAAUUAUCCACAGCUCCUCCUUCUACAGCCAUUCCUGGGUGAAAAUUCGGCACUCUGGUUGGUUGGGUGACUUGCAGACUCAUGGCUGGGACAACAACUCUGGCAGAAUUAUUUUCCUGCGUCCUUGGUCCAAGGGCAACUUGAGCAAGGAAGAGAUAAAAGAACUGGAAGAAUCCUUUCGUUUGUUCUCCAUUGAAAUGCCGCACGAACUUCACAAACAUGCCACUCAAUGGCAGCUUAAAUAUCCCUUUGAGAUACAGGCAACAGGAGGCUGUGAGCUGCACCCUGGGGGAUCCAUAGUAGCCUUCUAUCGAUUCGCUUAUCAAGGAUCAGAGCUCAUGCACUUCCAGAACAAUUCAUGGUGGCCAUCUGUAAAGGAUGAAAUUAGAGCUCAGCUUAUGAGCAGAGGAUUCAAUCAGUACCAUGUCACGAACAAAAUAGUACAGAGGAUGCUCAGUGACACCUGCCCACGUUUCCUCUCGAGUAUUCUUGAUGCAGGGAAGGCCUAUCUCCAGAGACAAGUAAAACCUGAGGCCUGGCUGUCCACUGGCUCUAAUUCUGGUCCUGGCCGACAGAUCCUGGUUUGCCAUGUCUCUGGCUUCCAUCCAAAGGCAAUUUGGGUAAAGUGGAUGCGAGGUGAACAGGUACAACAGGGCACUCAACAAAGUGGUAUCUUGCCCAAUGCUGAUGGCACAUGGUACCUUCAGGUUUUCUUGGAGGUGGAAACCACUGAGACAUCUGGCCUGUAUUGCCGGGUGAGACACAGGAGCCUAGGAGGCCAGGACAUCCUCCUCUACCUGGAACAUCAUCAAGGCUCCGUGGGCUGGAUCAUCUUGGCAGUGAUGGUGCCCCUGGUGCUUCUGACAGCUCUUGCAUUUUGGCUUAGGAAGCGCUG